AUGGCCUCCCAACUAGGACCACCGUCGCCGUCGCAGGCGCCGGCGAAGUAUGAUCCAGCGGCCACCACCAUCGCUGACAUCGGCGACGACCUCCUGCGCGAGAUCUUCCUCCGCCUCCCCUCCCUCCCCAGCCUCGUCCGUGCCGCCCUCGCCUGCCGCACCUUCCUCCGCGCCGUCCGCUCCUCCCCCGCCUUCCGCCGCCGCUUCCGGGCGCUCCACCCGCCUCAGAUCCUUGGAUACUUCAGCAACCCCUUGCGCACCGCCAUCCCUGCCUUCGUCCCCUUCCGCAGCCGCUCCGACCCGGACCUCGCCGCCGCCGUGGUCCGCGGCUCCGACUUCUUGUUCACCCGUCUACCGGAAGACGGCGACGACACUAGGUGGGCGUUCAAGGGCGACUGCUCCGGCUACGUCUUCAUCCACAACCAGAGCACCGACCAGAUCGCUGUUUACAACCCCCUCACACAGGCGCUGAAUGUCUUCCCCUACCCACCUCAGGAGGCCUGCGAUUCCCGCUAUCUUUAUUUUCGCAUCAUCUUCUCGGAAGACGACCAGAUGUCGUUCCGCGUGGUAUGUGUUCGUCGCCGCAGGCGGCGGCGAAGAACCAUGGUUCGCUUCUCUGUCUUCUCAUCGGACAGCAGGGAGUGGCAGGGUUUCUCGUGGGUGGACACCUCAAUGCCGCAGGCUGGGGAUGAUGGAGGUGAUAAGUGCAUGCUCUCGUCUUACACUGCUACGCCGGUGGAUGAAUUUGAUAGAUUAGUCUACUGGAAACACAAAAAUCAAGCAUAUAUAGUCGUCCUCAAUGCUGGGACGCUGCAGUUAUCUCGAAUGGAUUUGCCGCCGCACUUGAAAGAUAUGGACUCCACAGAAUUUGAGCUUGGUCUGACAAAGGAUGGGGAGCUCUGUAUGGCUUUCACAGACCAGUUUGGUGCAAACGAAGGGAUGCUUGCUGUUUGGUUUUGGAGAGCUGAUGGUGGUGGUGUUGAUAAAUGGAUGCCGCACAAGAUUUUCCCACUGAACAAAUUUGUUGAUUUCUCUAUGCGUUCAGAAGAGUACUAUGAUGUCACAGCGCAGGUUAUCCGAGUCAUAGAUGGUUUUGUGUACCUGUCUGUUUAUUAUCUGUAUACAAAGUGCUUCCUAUCCUUUUGCCUGGAAACAGAGAAGGUCAACAAGCUCUUUGAGUAUGGACUUGGCGUCCAUCCCUACAUCAUGCCGUGGCCUUCUUCUUUGGUAUGCAACAAGGAGGAUUUAGAAACCAAGGUUACUGGAGAAAAUGUGGCAGAAGAUGGUCCUGUGGGCACAGAAGAAACUCCCUCUGUUCUUGUCACAGCAUUGCGAUCAUAUAAAGAAGCUCUGAUUAAUGGCGAUGGGGCAAAAGUUGCAGAGAUAGAGGCAUUUCUACUUUCUAUUGAGGACGAGAAGAAGUCUCUAGUUGUAUCUCGAGGAUAA